AUGAGCGACGAUCGUGAUAUCAAGAUGGCCGAAAUUGGGGGUGACCCCGUUGCCGAAACCGGUUCACAAGAGCAAGGGGACAUAUACGAGAGACACCUUUCCAGCGCCGAGAAUGAGGAAUACGGACGGAUCAAAAGAGGUCUCACUCCCCGCCAUGUCCAGGUUAUGGCAAUAGGCGGGAGUAUCGGGACAGGCCUCUUUGUAGGUAUCGGUGGCAGUCUGUCCAGGGCUGGACCGUUGAGUCUGCUCCUUGGCUAUCUUUUCUGGGGUCUUCUGUUCGUUUGGCCAUGCUAUCUGUGUGUUGCCGAGAUGGUCGCCUGGCUACCUGUUCGGGGCAACAUCUUUGAACUGGCGGCCAGAUACGUCGACCCUGCGCUAGGCUUUGGCAUGGGUUGGACAUACUACUUCGGAGGCCAGAUGCUUGUUUGCACCGAGUAUGCGGCUGUAGCCACGGUCAUGCAAUACUGGACACCAACAGACCAGGUCAACCCAGCUGUCUGGGUGGCGAUGUGUAUGGUGGUUUGCUUCUUGUUGAACAUCGUCGCUGUCAGAUGGUACGGUGAAUCCGAAUUCUUCAUGGCCUCGACCAAAAUUCUGCUGUUGAUCGGAUUGUGUUUGCUCACUUUUAUUACCAUGGUCGGGGGAAAUCCAACUGGGGAGGCAUACGGGUUUCGCUACUGGAAGCGUGGACUCGCCAUGCAUCCGUACUAUACGACCGGCACGACCGGACGAUUUCUGGGCUGGUGGUCUGUUGUCAGAUACGCCGCCUUUACAGUGGCAGGACCGGACUUGAUAUCAUUGGCCGCGGGAGAGAUCCAAAACCCUCGACGGACCAUCCCUCGGGUCGCUCGUCUCGUCUUCUAUCGACUCGUGGGCUUUUAUGUGCUUGGAGUCUUCUGUGUCGGAAUUCUCUGCUCUUCUCGCGACACCCGUCUGUUGGGCGCCAUUGAGAGCGGUGCAGCAGGUGCAGCGGCAUCGCCCUGGGUCAUUGGCAUUGAAAACCUAGGCAUCCACGGUCUUCCGGGCUUCAUCAAUUUCCUCAUCCUUCUGUCCGGCUGGUCCUGCGGUAACGCUUACCUCUACUCCAGCAGCCGUACCUUAUACUCCCUUGCCCGGGACGGUCAGGCGCCAAAGAUCUUCAUGAAAUGCACCAAAAGUGGUGUUCCGAUCUACGCGGUCUCGAUGGUCAGUCUGAUCAGUUGCAUCACCUUCUUGGUCGCUUCGGACUCGUCCGUCACGGUAUUCUAUUGGUUCGUCUCGCUGACGACUUGUGCCUUGAUCCUCACGUACACCGGCAUGCUGUGGACGUUCCUCGGCUGGUUCCGGGCACUCAAGGCGCAGGGUGUUGACCGCAACAAUCUGCCGUACAAAUCACCCUUUGCUCCGUACUCGGCUUACUUCGCGCUUGUCAUUGGCUGGUUGACGAUGAUCUUCAUCGGGUUUGACACCUUUGUGCCAUUCAGCACCGAGGGCUUCGUCACAUCCUACUUUGGGCUGGCAUUCGGUCUCGUCUGUUUCUUCGCCUGGAAGAUCUUCAAGCGGACGAAGCUCGUGGAUCCGAAGACGUGUGACAUAUACAGUGGCAAAGCCGAGAUCGAUGCCGAUUGUCGAAUCUGGGAAGAUGGUGGGAUUGUGGAAAAUGAGAAGAGAAGGCUCGCUAAGAUGAACACUUUCAAAAGAACGUGGGCGAGGAUGUGGUAGAUGUCACAACUUGGAGCGGCGGCGAUGCUUGGAACGAGCGAGUGCAGGAGUCUCAAGGCGUGACGUG